GGUGACCAUUUUGUUUUUGCCCAAAAAAAAUGAAGCCCCAUUAAUUAAGAAUCAGAAGAUUACGAAAUCAUCGUCCCACCCUAUCUGUGGUCUCAUUUUUAAUAUUGCCUCGCCAUUUCUAUCCCCAGAUCUCCAUAGCCCAAACCCUACCGUGUCUCUGUUUAAAUUGCACGGUUAUUUAUAGUAUUACGAAGAGCCGGGAAAUUACACGGAUACAAACUGUGCGUAACGACGGCGAUCGUCAGUCACAGUACUGGAAUCAGGGGGAGCUGUCAUUGGACUCGGCCUACCGAACCUGACUACUUACUACCUGGACGGGGAAGGCAGCCGCCGGGAGGUAGAACAGUGAUAGUAAUACUAUUCGUUAGGUGUAGGAUGCUAUAGUGGUCGAUGAUGGUGGAAAUAAGGAGAGCGAAAGUGAGGCUGUGAACGUAACGACGAGUUUCAAGGGAGAUAAUAGGACACGACAAGUUGGGGUCUUAAGGAACUCAAUAAAGUUUUUGGGUAUUAGGCGAUGGACGAGUACGACAGCGGUGGGAGAAGUGGGGAUAAGGAUUUGGGCGCUGAGGAAGAAGGGAGUACCGCUCCCCUCCCAGAAAGGGUUCAGGUUGGUGGAUCUCCUGCAUAUAGGAUUGAUAAGAAGCUCGGGAAAGGAGGAUUUGGUCAAGUGUAUGUUGGCCGUCGAACUAAUCCUCCAAAUCCAACUGAAAGGACUGGUCCAGGAGCUGUAGAGGUAGCCCUAAAAUUUGAGCACAGAAGCAGCAAAGGCUGUAAUUAUGGACCACCUUAUGAGUGGCAAGUCUACAAUGCCCUUGGUGGUAGUCAUGGUAUACCGCGUGUUCAUUAUAAAGGCCGCCAAGGUGAUUACUACAUUAUGGUAAUGGAUAUGCUUGGUCCCAGUUUAUGGGAUGUUUGGAACAACAAUUCCCACACGAUGUCAAUUGAAAUGGUAGCUUGUAUUGCCAUUGAAGCAAUCUCAAUACUAGAGAAGUUGCACUCUCGAGGGUAUGUGCAUGGGGAUGUUAAACCUGAGAACUUUCUUCUGGGCACUCCCGGAACUCCUGAUGAGAAGAAGUUGUUUCUUGUUGAUCUUGGGCUGGCUACAAGGUGGCGCGAUACUUCGACAGGCUUACAUGUUGAGUAUGACCAGCGUCCUGAUGUUUUCAGAGGGACAGUUCGUUAUGCAAGUGUUCAUGCUCAUCUUGGAAGGACAGGAAGCCGAAGAGAUGAUCUAGAAUCUCUUGCUUACACACUCAUCUUCCUUCUCCGAGGCCGGCUUCCUUGGCAGGGAUACCAGGGUGAGAACAAAGGCUUCCUAGUCUGCAAGAAAAAGAUGGCAACUUCCCCAGAUGCACUCUGCUGCUUCUGCCCUGCUCCUUUUAAGCAGUUCAUUGAAUAUGUUGUGAAUUUAAAAUUUGAUGAGGAACCGGACUAUGCUAACUACAUUUCACUUUUUGAUGGAAUAGUUGGUACAAAUCCAGACAUCAGACCCCUUAACACAGAUGGCGCUCAAAAGCUCAUUUGUCAAGUUGGACAGAAGAGGGGACGAUUGACAAUGGAAGAAGAUGAUGAUGAACAACCCAAAAAGAAGGUGCGCAUGGGAAUGCCUGCAACACAAUGGAUCAGUGUUUACAAUGCUCGCCGCCCUAUGAAGCAAAGAUACCACUACAAUGUCGCAAAUGUAAGGCUUCCUCAACAUAUAAUUAAAGGAAACGAAGAUGGCCUUUUUAUUAGCAGUGUUGCUUCCUGUUCAAACCUGUGGGCCUUAAUUAUGGAUGCCGGAACCGGCUUCACUGAUCAAGUUUAUGAAUUAUCACCGCAUUUUCUUCACAAGGAAUGGAUUAUGGAUAAUUGGGAGAAGAAUUUUUACAUAAGUGCAGUAGCAGGAGCUAGCAAUGGUAGCUCUCUAGUAGUUAUGUCAAAGGGUACACAGUAUUUGCAGCAAUCGUACAAAGUUAGUGAAUCAUUUCCUUUUAAGUGGAUAAACAAAAAAUGGAGAGAGGGAUUUUAUGUUACAGCCAUGGCAACAGCUGGAGGUAGAUGGGCAAUAGUGAUGUCUCGUGGGGCUGGCUUCUCUGAUCAGGUUGUGGAAUUGGAUUUCCUUUAUCCAAGUGAAGGAAUUCAUAGAAGGUGGGAUGGGGGCUACCGCAUUACAUCAACUGCUGCAACAUGGGAUCAAGCUGCUUUUGUUCUUAGUGUUCCCCGAAGGAAACCUGCUGAUGAAACACAAGAAACGCUUCGCACAACUGCUUUUCCCAGUACACAUGUUAAGGAGAAGUGGUCAAAAAAUCUUUACAUUGCAUCUGUCUGUUAUGGACGAACUGUUUCAUGAGCCACGUCUUAUUUUUGCAACUAGUGAUUUCAUGGAUGGAAACAGAAGCCUUAGCAGCACAAGCUAUUGACAUGGAUGUGCUUAAUGUCAAAUCCUCAGAAAAUUGGUCACAUCUUAACCUAUCUCGUCUUGUUUGUCAAUUCUUGAAGAGUUUGAGAUGCUUUUCUUAUCUUAUUGACAAAUGUGAUUACAUCCAUUAUCGUGAUGACUCGAGCGCUUUAUGGCUGUUUUGAUUUUUAGGGGUAGUGGGGGAGGGGGGUAGCUUAGUUUUUUUGUCAAUGUUUUUAUGUAUAGUUUGAACAAUAAUUAAAUUUGAAAUGAUAGCAUAACAGGUGACAAUUGAGGGUUUAUAAACCAUGCAGUUUUACUCUUUUA